AUGGUGCUGACCUACAAUGAAGGGAAGAAAGGCAUAGACUUGGCUGAUCAACUAGCAAGUUACAAUUCGCCGGCAAGAACCUCUGUUUGGUAUAAGAAAAUUGCUGCGGACCUUGUUUCUAUAAGUGUAGUGAAUGCCAUUCUGAUUUAUAACGAGUUACAUCCACAGUCAAAAUUGAAGGUUCUGGAUGGUCAUCAAAUCAUUAUAAAGAAAUUACUUAAGGUUGAAACUGAGAACUGUUCAAGUUCCAGUUCUGCGAGUUCUUUGCGUCCUACAAGUCACAAGUUAACGAAAAUACCCAAGAAAGCUAAUGGAAAAAUUUGGCAAAAACGUUGUGCCAGUUGCUACAAAAAGCUGAAAGAAUCGGGAUUCACAGCUACUGAUGCAAGGAAGAAGACUUCACAAGUUACAACUGAGUGCAUUCCAUGUAAAAAACCAUUUUGCUUACAAUGUUAUAACGAAUCUCACUAA